GUGCGGACGUCUCGCCGCCGACCAGAGGGGGCGGCGCCUUCGUUGAUCCGCUCACCGGAGCCAUGCCGAAAGAAGGCGAGGCGUCCGCCUACGAGAAGCUCCUCCUCUCGCCGAUGGUCUCGCCGGGGCGGCUCGGCUCGUGCAAGGAGAGCCCCUUCGAGGAAGAGGCAAGGCCAGACCCGGUGUCUUGCGAGGACUCGGAGCUUCUCUCGGCCGACGACGAGGGCGGCGAGCCGUCGGACGCGGAGGAGCCGUCGCAAGCGCAGGACGCGGACGCAGACGAGGCGAAGCAGGCGGCGGCGAUGAAGGCGGUGGUCGCGGAGGGUCCGGAGGCAGCGGAGGUGGAGUCUCCGGCGGCCGGCACCGCCGUCGCGGACGGCGCGGGAGGAGAGGCGCAGGGCGAUGCGCAGGGCCCGGCCCACCGCGGGCUGGAGAGCCUCAAGGACCUAGUGUGAGCGGAAGGGGCCGUUGCGGGCGACCGCAGCCUCGCCGCCUGCCCUGACUAUUACCGCCUGGCUGCCCUGUGUCAGCCUCGUGAGCGGCGAGGUGCAGGUCGUCGCGGCGGACGGCGUGAGCCACGCAUAGGACCGACUACUGCGCCGCCUCACGCUAGCUAGUACGACCGCGCACCCUGACGUGAGAGUAAGUACUCACAUUCAUGCAUUUGUGUAUCAUGUGCA